AUGUACCGCUCCUCAGACCAGGGAGAAGGCGAUUUCGCGUCGGCAGAUGACUUUGACAGAUUCUACGCAGAACACCAUGAGCUACUCGACGAGAAUGCCUGGCGAAAGUACUACUCAUCUGCCCUUCUCGCACAGCUAACCUCAGCUCGCUUCUACCGCCUUCCCGACUUGCAAGAUCUGCCUGACGCAAGUGAUCCGCUCGCGCAGCCACGACAGAAGGGCAAUUGCCACCUAACCAAGCUUCCACGCUGGGCACAUAACGUCGCGCGCACUCAUCGACGACAGCCAUCACUUCCCGUCAAUACCAUCACCCAGAUAGCCCUCACUACUCUUGAGCAGACAAUCGCACGCUUGCGAGAGAACCAUCCAAGCGUUCAGCCGUACUCGGAGACCCAAGCUCGCUUCUGGCUCAAGUACAUGAACAUAGGAUGCCCCGGCAAGCCGUCGAGGGAGGUAUGGAACCACAACGAAUUUAGUAUCUCCGUCGCGCAGGGACGUUUCGACAUGUGCGCUUGGGAAGCAUACUACUCGCGCGAGCGGUGGGAGACUGUCAACAUGCCGUUUCUUGAACCGGACCUUGAUGGUACGCGCGAAAGCGAGGUCAGCUGGUGUGGGUGGCCGGACGGCGGGGUGGGUGAACAGGCGCGCAGCAGAGGGUGGGAGCCGGAGGUGGGGAGCGAGGAAGAGGUUGCAUUCCUAGCGGCCAUUGCGGUGAAGGAGAUAGAAGGCGUCGGUAUAAAAAACUUGGACUAUGGAAUACGGUCACACAUCCUUCUUGGAGUGAUGUGUUCUGCUUUUGAUGUCGGCAAUGGACAACAGGUGGAAAAGGUUGAGCGUCGGCUAGUUGCUGCGGGUAGGAUUGAUGACAGCAGGGCCGAGCAGUGGAUUAGAGAGGCACUGAUGGUCAUGGAGUCAUACUUGCGCAAGAAGGAUGAAUGGUCUGACUUUGAAGAGAAUAGGGGUGAAUUGCUACGUCAGAUUCUGGUGGAGAAUGGACAGCUGCUUGCAAGAUGGAAGCUUUCGGACUCUUCCAAAGAGUUUCAUUUUGAACUGCAACCAAGGAAGCAGAGCCAAGGUACUGUCUCCGAGUUAUACUUCAAGUCUUGA